UUAUAAACAUACCCUGCAUCACUUCCGGUCUGGGUUAGUGUAGAGAGAAAAAAAAUCAAAACACAGAUUGAUAGACUGCGCAUAAACAUUACGGAGCAAUGUUUAGCUCUGUCACUAGUUGGUUGGGGGUUGUGAAUAACAAAGAAGAGGAAGAGAAAGACAACCCGUCAACGGAGGAGGAGAAAGGAAAGACUCCGUCAUCGCAGACUGAACAAACAAAAGAAAAAGAGUCCGUCUCUGAGCCAAAGUCCGAUAACUCACAAGAGACAGGUGGGGAUGAACAGGAGGAGGAAGAAUCCCUUGAAAAGAAGCUAGAAGAUGCGUCAGCUGCUGCAAUCAAUACGGCGAAAGAAUGGGGCAGUUACCUGUACUCAUUCAGUAAAACAGCAGGGAAAACAGUAGUCGAAAAAGCAAAGCAGAUUAGCAAAGAGGUGGAAGAAAAGACAUUCCUAGGAGAUUUCAGUAAGGAGCAGAAUAAGUUUGUGUCUGAGAAGAAGGAGAAAUCCAAAAAUGCAGAAGCUGCUGUGUCUCCCUGGGUGGGGUAUAAUGAGGAGGAGAGCAUGAAGACACAGAUCCUUGCUCUGUCACAGGACAAGAGAAAUUUCCUCAGAAAUCCCCCUGCAGGUGUACAGUUUCAUUUUGACUUUGAGAGCAUGUUUCCUGUUGCCAUGGCAACUUUACAAGAAGAUGAAAACCUAAAUAAAAUGAGAUUUGAGUUGGUUCCUAAACAAAUUAAAGAGGAAGCAUUUUGGAGGAACUAUUUUUACCGAGUGUCUCUCAUUAAACAGUCAACACAACUUACUUCACUUGCACAAGAAACAGGUAGCACAAGUGAAAGCAAAUCCAGUGAUGGAUCUCGAAGAUCGUCGACAGGAAGCCAGGAGAAAGUGAAAACUGUCGAUGUGAUAGUAAGGACCAAGGCAGUCUCAUUAGAAUGCAAAGAUGCAUUUUGUUUACAUCUUUCCAAGAAAGUGGAUGGCGGAUCCAGGGAGGAGGAGUUUGCACCCAGCAGUCCAAACGAGAAUGAAUUCGUCAGUGACAGCUUCCAAGGAGACGAAAUCAGUCAGGAAGAUUUGAAGAAAGAGAUGCAAAUGCUAGGUGUGGAUGACAGUAAAUCAGAAACGAAAACAGAGAAAGAAGAAGGGGAGAACCAUUGCCGUAAACCGUAUGAAAGGAACUACUGGAAAGUGUGUUAUGAGAAAGAUCUAGACCCCAAUACAGAGGGAAUACCACAGUGGGAACAAGAACUGCAACAGGAGCUUCAGGACUACGAAAUGGUGGACGAUAAUGUGGACGAUGCUGAUAUUGAGAACGAGAUUUUACAACAGUUAGAAGAAGAAGCGACGGACGAUAAGUGACGCAAAUACCAGUUUAUUGUGACUGUAGUGGGGACCAGCCAAGCCCAAUGUAAAAUUACCAUGGCUAGUAUCAUUUCAAUAUAUCGUUUAUGAACAUUUUGAAGUAUAGUAUCAUUGCUUCAAAGUUUGGUACUAAUGGGUGAUGUAGUGGGAAAUUGUGAUAUUUAUGAUUGAUUUCAUUUAAAAAUAUUUUUCCUUAUAAUUUCGCAGACUAGUAUUGGAACAUCUUGUGCAAUUUUGUAAAUAAUGAUGAAUUCACUUUAGUACACACUUUUGUUUGCUUUCGAGAUAUUGUUAAGGGAUGCAAUGUGUUAAGUUUCAUUAACAAACUAAUCGGACAAAGAUUAUUUGUUCUGUUCUGUUACGUGUAAAUAUGUAUUUAUAAAUGAUUGUUAAAUAAACAUGUAUAUAAUUUA